CAUAUUUAUAUUAGAGUUAUCAUUUGUUUUUGGCGCCAAAUUAUAAUUUUUUUAGAAAUCGGACUUGGAAUUAAAUUUGUUAUUAUGUACAACUUUUAAUAAUUGUUAUCAUAUGAAGUUUCAUGUUGAAUAUUUUUAUGAAAUUGUUGGUUUAAGAAUUCAUGGCUGAUUACUACCCAUCAGAAGUUGCACGGUUGGUAUUAGGUUAUUUAAAAGAAGCAAAUUGUCUAAAAACAUGGGAAAGUUUUUUAGGAGAAAGUAUCGAUCUUCAAGAACACUGUCGAUUGUUACAAAGUGGAAGAUCGUGUACUACAAAUAUCGAAGGAAAAUCACUAUUGGAUAUCCUUCAUGAAUACCGUUUCUUAAAAGAUACUGCAGGAAGGAAUACAAGAAAUGAAACUAAUUCAAGUAGUGCCAAUUUAAAUACUUCACAUUUGUAUUCAAGUUCAAAUAAUAUAAAUACAAGUUCAAGCAAUAUUAAUCUAAAUUCAAGCAACAUAAAUCCAAGUUCAAGCAAUAUAAAUCCAAGUGCUUCCUGUACUGAAAAUUUCAAAACUCCUAAAAAAAAUAAUGCUGAAGCAUUUAAUAGAUUUAAAGUUCAUCAAGCUACUCAGUCACAAGCCACAAUUCGCUUUGCUCAAGUUGGAAAUCGAACUCCACGAAGUAUGCAAGCAUAUCUAUCUACUCCUACAAGACAACAUUCAUCUAGAACACCCAGUCGCUUGCAGGGAGUUUGUGUAACAACUUUAAAUUUUGGUACUGGUGCUGAAAGAAAUGAAGAACCCAUAUCUGUUCAUAGAGGAGGCAUAUUUGAUACUCCGAAAUCCAGACCAUCAGCGAGUGUUUCAUCACAAAGACUUUGUUAUUCUGAUACUAUAAAAAGAAGACCUGUUAUGAUCAGUAAAUUGGUGCAAACAGAAACUGUAAAUACAUCUCAGGUAGUUAUUGACAACACAAAUUGUCAAACUUCAUCUAAUUCACCUUCUCAUCAGAUACUUUCAGAGAGAGCAUCUACUGAAAGCUCUCAUCAGUUGACAAAUUCUGUAAAUUCUGCUAAUUAUUGUGGAGAAAAUCAAAUACAAUCAAAUCCUGAGUCUAGAAACUCUUUAACAAACUCUGAGGAGAAUCUGAAUGACUCAAGGUUGAUGCUGCUAGAAAAUAAGACUACUGCUAAUACUGCUGUAGUGAACCAAACAAUUGUCUUCACUUCCACCGAAAUCAGAACAAGUGGAGAUAAUGAAAGUUCUGUCACACCUCAGUAUGAUAUUGAACCACCUCCUUAUGCUAGAGCCCCAAAUACUAAUUCUCCUAGAUUGAUUCUGUCUUUUGAUCGAUCUCAAGUUUCUUCUUUGACAACACCAAUGAAGGACAGAAGGCACUGGACUGAAGAGUUCGCAUCACCCAAAAGAAAAGGUACCAUCCCAAGGAGGAGACUAUUGAGUGAAUCACCUCAUUCUAAGCAGAUUGCUUCCAAUGACAACAGUUUUGUUUCUAUCCAUGAGAAUGUGGAGUCUAUCAUUGAAGAACUUAUGGCAAACCAACCUUUUACUCAAAGACUUGCUGAUAAUAUCAAUAAAGUCAUUUGUGAAGAACCUGAAGCAUCAAAUUCUAACUUUCCAACUUUGCAGGACAUUCAAAAUUCUGAUAUUGUGAUACAAAAUAUUCUAGCCAGAGCUGAAUCAGACUCCUUAUUUAAUGACAUAAUUUCUCUCUUUGGAAACAGCAGAGAUUGUGAUGAUUUAAACAUUCAAGAAUCUGCUGCUGAAACUUCAGAGAUUAACUUUUUAACCGAAGGUACUCAGACAAAUAAAGAUGAAUGUGAACAAGCUACAGUUACUGAAACAAGUACUUCAAAAGAUGAAACAGAUAAUUCAAAGAAUCAUGAUAAUAUGCAAGAGAAAAAUAAUGACCAAAAUUCAGAAAAUGAAACAUCUUCACAGCUGCCAUCUUCAUCUGAGGUUACUCCUCUUAGCAGUGAAUCAGCUGCUAACCAAAAUACGCCAACAGUUGCUAACGUUGAAGAUCCUGAACCAAUGCAAGUGGAUCAUGAUAAAACAAAUUUGACUCAGGAAUCUGGUCCAAAAGAUUUAUUAGGCUCUUGCAUGUCUAUUAUUCAACCAGAUACUGAAACACAUUUGCAAGACUGUAAUUUUGAGCAAAAUAAUGAUGUUCCUGAUGAUACUAAUGAGGUACAGUCUUCACCAUCUGAUGUAAAUGAAAGCUCCACCCCUGUUCCUGUUUCUGUGACGGAAAAUAUAACAGGACUCGAUGAUACAAGCACUUUGAAACCAGUGUCUAUUGGAACACCUUUUCAAGUUGGAUCUCAAAUAGCUGUCUCACAAGCCACAAGCAACAUUAACCAAUCCAUUCCAACCUCUCAAACAAUUGUGUGCUAUCCACCUUCAUCUCUCACAAAUAGUACAAUGUCAUUUAUCCCAAGUAAUAGAAAUAUUCCUAUUCUACCUGCUGUUCAAAAUCAAGGCUUCAUUUUAAAUUCCAAUUUUCAGCCUUCACCUCUUUUGCAGUUUUCUUACUCACCAGCUCCUAGUUUCCCUGUGCAAUCAUUAGAUAACUUCCAAUCUAAAAUAAUUGUAGUUCAGCAACCAUGCCCCACACAUAGCUUGAAUGCUACAAAUUGGACAAAUAAUAAUUUAACGAAUGAUGUCAUUAUUCCAGUUCAGACAGUGUCUGCUGAAAAUGUAGCUCAGCCCUCUGUUAUAAAUCAAUCUCCUAUAAAAAUACCUCAUGAUUAUAGCCCUUCAAAGUCUUUCCUUGCAUCUAAUGUUGGGAAUUUUGUAACAGUUACAUCUGAAACUGCUCAAUCAAAGAAGAAUGCAGAUAAAAAGCAAAGCUCCAAGUUCAAUAUCCCUGCAUCACCAGCGAAAAAUUCACUUGGUAAAAAGAAGUCAAAAAGGCCUCCGAAAAAGAAACGAAGGCCAUUAUUUCCUUCUCCUAAAGAUCCUGACAAUCCACCAGAGAGUGAAAUUAGUGAUUAUGUUCCUGUUCUCUCCAUUCCAGACCCUUCACCUAACAAAGAUGAAUCGAUGUCUGCCAUGGAAAUAUUGACAUCUAUAACUGAAGGUGCAAAUACACAAAGCCCAUUACUAAAAGCUAUGAUUUCAUCUGCCAAAAUUUUGGCUGAAAAAGGUGGUAGACUAAAUUCCACACAUGUCAGGACCCUUGAAUUUUCUGCUCCUGAGACUGUUCAGGAGGAAGGAAAUAAAUCAAAACAAUCCAGAACUUCUACUGAAAUCGAUGGCAGGCGAUCUUCUCCACGCUUGAAACAAAAAACUUCCUGUAAAUCACCAUGUUGCUCUCCUUUGAAGCCUGUUGAAAAUGCAAAUGCUAAAAAGAAUGGUAGUAAGCUCUGCACUAAGGAAAAAGUGGAUAUGACUGCUGAUUUGGUCUCAAAUGCAAUUGAAAAAUUAACUGCCCAUAAAGCUGUUUCUUCUUCAAUGUCUAGUGUUGUGCUAAGUGCUAUGCAAGAUGCUUUACAAGCAAAACCUGUGAAAAGCAAAAAGCAAGAUUCAUCAUCUGUUUGCGAUGUGUUCCAAAGAGCUGAAAUAAGUUUGUCCCCAAUUAAGAAAACUCCACUGAAAGUUUCAUCCAUCGGUAAAAAAGCAAUAUCAAGAGAUCAAUAUUUUCCAGAUUCCUCAUCUGCUAGUGAUUCAGAAUCAGAUAAUAUACCAUUGAGUUUAAUUAUUGCAUCUAAGUCAAAAGAUACUAAUAUAAAAGAAACUGAAACAUCUACUCUUAAACAAAAUAAUACACAAAAAUCAAAUGUUGAAAAGGAAACAAAUAAAAGUGUUGUAGAAGAAAUUCUCCCUUGUGCAGAUAAGGAAUGCAUAAAUAAACUAGCACUGCAUAAAGCUUCUGAAUUGUCUGAAAGUUCUGCUGUUCCAUUAAAUACUAAAUCUACUGAACUUUCAAAGGCAGCAGUUGGGAAGUCUAGUUUUAAAGAAGAUUCUAAUUCACAUGUAAAUAUAUCAAAAACUGUCUGUCCAAACAAAGAAAAUAAAAGUUCUAAAAAAGCCAAUGGUUCAAAGAAAAUUAAAUCAAAUAAGUUAGACCAUCAUAUUCAGCAAGAAUCUUCUAAAGUGAGUGAAGAAAUAAAAAAAGUGCCUGAUAAUUCCCCAUGUGAUCUUAUUGUUCUUGAUAGUGAUGAAGAUAUGGAGGUACCUGAAAUAGAGAAUGAAAAUAUUGCUUCCCCCGUGAUAUGUAGUUCUGAAAGUAAAUCUUCAAAGAAAGAACAGAAGAGAAAACGUAAGAAGAAAAAGCUUCGUACAAAAUUAAUUUCACCUUCAAAAGAAAAAGCUUUGGGUCAUAAAAAAUCUGAAAGAAGAAAUUCAUCAGUAUCUCGAAAGUCAAAUUCACCAAGAAUUAGUGAAACAAGUGAUAAUCUUUUAAAAAGUGAUAAAUCCAGUCCUCGGAGUGAAAAAAACAGCUGUAAAGUAUCACAAGAGAACUUUACAGAGGAGAAGCAAAAUAAUAAAAAGUCGAAGAGUGAAGACUCAAACAUGUCUAAAAAAUUAAGUGAAAAAAUAAAUAUAAAUGAAACUAAUAAUCAUCCUUUGUCAAAUGAAGAGACAGAUGCUCCAUCUCAAAAAAAUAAUUCUAGGAUAUCUCAAAAAUUUCCCAUAGAGAAACAAAUAAGUUCAGAGAAGGAUAAAUGGUACAUAUCAUCACCUCAAAAAGAGAAAGAAGUUUGCCACUCUGAUUCAUUAGAAAAGAGUCAGUAUUCAUCAGGAACAAUAAAGAAAAGCAAAAAAAUUGAUGAACUUUGUGAUAAAUUGAGAUUGAAUGUUGUUCAAAAUUCUCCUAAGAAGGAAGGCACUAUAAAUUCUUUAACUAAGGCACUUCAUAAAUUGCCGCCAGUUGUGACAAAUAUAACUGCUAAAAAUUCAACUCAUAUACCAGUUAAUGAAACCUCAUUUGAACAAGGACUUCUUCCUUCAGAAACAACUGCACCUUUGAACCCUGCUGAAAAGGAAACAUUAAAGCCUACAUCUAUUGAAAUUUUAGGAACAGAGAAAUCAGUAAUCUAUGCAGAUAUAAGAAAUACAGUAACACUAGAUCCUGAAAUUACUAUUAAUUCCAAACAGUCCAGUAUAAGUGAUGAGCCUAUAAAACCGAAUGUUAAAAAGAGAGUGCUGCCUCCUCCCAAAAAAAGGAUAAGACCAGUUCCAGUUGCUUCUCCACGUGAUGGUAGAUUUUCUCCUUUUUCACCUUUUUCUUCUCCGGCGCAUUCAGUUUGCUUUGAUUCAACUUUAAAACCUAAAGAAAUUCCUUCUAUAUCUAGAAAUCCUUCUGACUCACCAAUCAAUAAAAUAAUUUCUUGUCUGUCUGAUCUGCCUUCUCCAGCACAAUUACCUUUUAUUGACCCACCUUCAAGACCUGUAGAAAUGCAUUCUAUAGCUAGAAAUAUCUCUAAUGCAGAAGAAAUUAAUGAAACAGUUUCUUCGGCACCUGAAUUGAGUUCACCAAUAAACACUAUUUGUUCAGAAACAACUGUUAAAACUAAAGAAAUGUCUUCUGUAACUCCAAUAAAUGUUGGUCCUGUACGAAAAUGCUCUGCAGGUAAGCCAAAAGCAAUGGCAGAGUUCUAUAAAAGUGCUUUGCCAGAUCGUGAAAGUGAUUUGCCGAUCAGCCCUGAUCCUAUGUCUAGUUCCUCAUGUACAUUAGAUACUCUUCUUGCUCGAAGAAAUAUUCCAUCAGCUGAUAUUUGUGAAACAGCUUCCAAUAAGGAGAACAGUCUUAUAAAUAAAAUAUCCCCUAAAAAGAAAGAAGCAGAAAAAGUAAGUCAAAAAAGAAAGCUUUCAUCAACCUCUAUAAAAGACUCCUCAGAUGAAGAAGGUUUGAUAAAAUCUCCGUCAAGAGCAGAGACUAUUGUUAGAAACACUUCAGAUACUGAAACUGCAUCUGAAUAUGUUGCAUUACUUUCUCCUCAAGUUCAUUUAAAAGAUGUGCAUUUAUCAUCAUCUGAUGAAGAAGGCUUGAUAAAAUCUCCAGUGAAAAAUUUAAGCCAUGGACAAAAAAGUGAUCAAAUAUCAGUUCAACCAGAAAAGAAACAAAAACUUUCUACUGGUUUUAGUCCACACCUUGAAAACUUAAAUAGUUCUGUUUCAGAUCAAUUAAAGUCUGUUAAAACUGAUAGUUUUUUACUUCAUGACAAAACUGCAGAAAAGCAUCUCCAAGAAGAAAAAUCACCAGUUCAUCAUUCAAUUCUGUUAAAUAAAGCUAAAUCUAAAUCAAACCUGAAAAAAAAUGUUGUCUCCCCAGUGAUUCCAGCUGGAGUAAAAAUUCCUGACAAAUGGAAUAAUUCUAAAAUUAAUAACUAUUCAAGUAUUAUUACAAGACCUGAAGAUGAAACAAGAUUCAAGGGGCCUAGAAGAAGUAGGCCAAAUAUAAAAGUUGUAGGUUUUAAAUCUCCAUCAAAGCCCAGUUCAUCUUUUAAAAGGAAAAAUGAGCACCCAUCUAGUCAUCUAAAUAGACCAAAUCCUUAUAGAACACUAUAUUCUGAGAGACAAGCUCGUAGGCUGCAGUUAGAAAAUCGUAGAUCAUCUUUCCGACAAUCGCCUAACCUCAAUAAUAAUCGAUCUUCUACUCACCCUCAUAGGCAUGAAAAUAAGCAUAUAACAUCUCCUAAUUUUAACUACAGUGAAAGCAAUUUGUCUUUUUCCAAAGAAUCAACAACUAGAAAUUAUUCUAGGAAGAAGCAUGAGCAUAGAGAUAUAUCCAAUAAAAGCAGUGAAAUUGGCUGUCGGAACAAUGACUCUCAGAAACACUUGUUCCCAUAUGAAUCAUCAAGCAACAGAAAUACAAGCAAGCAUGAAAGUUCUAACUCCAAUUUCAAAGUAUCUGAAAAAGAUCUUGACCAUCAAGAUUCUUCCAAUAAACACAAACAAAAAGAAAGAACAAUUUUACUUGAAAAAUCCAAUCCAGUAAAGGAAACUCGUGAUAAAUUAUCAACAAAAAAUAUUGCAAAUGUUGAAGUGCCAGAAAAGCCAAAUAAAAACAUCACAAGUGUGAAAAAAUCCAAUGAAAGCUUUCAUAAGCAAGCAUCAUCUAGCAAUUUUCCUGAUGAUGAGGAAAAAGGAUACAAUAAGGGUAUUUUAGCCAAAGAAAAAUUGAUAAGUACUAAUAAUAAACAUAAAUCUGCUAAUAAUUUAAGUGAUGAAAAUAAAGCAUCUCUUGUUUCUGAAAAAUGUGAUGCAGUUUUUGAGAAAAGCAGAAUUAGACUAGAGGUAGAUCAAAUACAACAAAAUAAGUUAUCAUAUAAUGAAGACACAGAACUGUCUCAUUCAGAAUCAGGAACUUUAUUAAAGGAAAGUCAUACUGAAUUGAGGCAAGAAUCACAACUUGAAAAUAGCUCACAAAUUCUCAAUACUGAACAAAAUAAAGAAGGUGGGGAUGAACACUCAGACUUAAAUGAUUGUAAGAUUUUUGAUGAAGCUGUAGGUUCUUUAAGCAGGACAUCUACUGACCAGAAAGAACUAGAUCAAGCUGUAGCUUUCUUAACUAAUGAUGAAGUUCCAAAAUCACAAGAACCUGUGAAAUCUAGUCAAAAUAUUGCUGAUGGAGACAAGGUUACAGAUGACGCUCCAGAUAAAGAUUCUGAUGAUUUUGGUGCAUUGGUUAUAAAACAAUUGUCCAAAGCAGCUGGCCUUUCAGUGCCUAUGCAGGUUCAAGACAUCUCUCAUCUCUUAGAGAAAAUAAAAGAGUUAGGCCUGGAAAAUAUUGCAGACAUCUUUGGCCAAAAGAAAUAAAAAUGACUCAAGUUUUUUUCCCCCCCUUCUGUAAGAUGAACUUUUAUUAUAUCAAUUCAUGCUUUUUUUUUUCUUUUUUUUUUUUUCUGCAUUGGGUUUUAAACUAGCGUCUUUUUAAAGACAUCAUAUACCAUUUAAAAUUUAAAUAAUUAAUAUUAUAUGCCCUUUUUUAUUGAUAUUCUCACAGAUAAAUAAUUUAAAUUAUUAAUUUUUAAAAAAUUAUUUCUGUAUGGUUAAAUUUUUAAAUAAUUGCUUGCACUUUGAUUGAAAUUACUCCAUGUGCCAUUUUGUUCCAUAAGACUAGAUAUAUAACUCAUUGCCGUUUUUCAAAUCAACUGAUCAUUGAAAAUAAUUAUUUUCAUUUUUUUGUAUAUUCACUUCAAUAUUAUUUCCGAACUAUCUUCAUUACUGUUCAUCUAUUUAUAGUACAAAUAUAAUUUUGUAAAUAACUUGUAUGACUUAUUUAUAAUAAUGUACCAUUUUAUUUCAAUGUAGAAAUCUUUUACUUUCUUAAAUUUACAGAACUGACUAGUUUUUAUCACACAUUUCUUUAUCUGUAGAAUACUAUUCAAUAGAAUGUUACAAUUGACUUAUUAAAUUUUAUGGUUUGAAUUUUUAAAAAAUUUUAAUCUUAAUAUGAAUGUUUUUAUGAGCCUUUGAUAAACUAAGACCUUAUAACUAUCACUGACAGAUGCAAAAAACAAAACUUUUAUCAUCAUUGUAUUUUUAUUAUUUAGUUUUGAGUUCAUAUUGUAACAUUUUAACUAGUACCAAUUAGUACAAUUUAAUUUUUGUUCCCUUUAUAAUAUUAUUGUGAACACACUAUAUAUUAUAAAGGAAAUACUGUAAUGUUAUCUGUUACUCUUGUAUUUCUCACUAUACUGAAGAAAACAAUUAUGUGCCUUAUAAAUCAAGUGAUAAUAUAUUUCUUUAUAAUGCCAAGGUGUAUAUAAUUGAUCAUUGUACAUAAUCAGUUUUAUAACAUCAGUUUUAUAACAGUUAAAAAUAACAUUCAUAAAUGCAUUUAUAACUUUUGUUAAUUUCUUCUCUAUUUUUUAAUCUUUUAUUAUUCUAGAUUUAUCUUUUAGGCUAAAGCCUAAGUUAGCAUGCAAUUUUAUUAUUCAUAAAGCAUGAAUGAAUGUACCUAUUAAAUGCACCUAAAAAAGGAAUUCUAUUAAAAAAAGGAGGAUAGAAUUUUUCUUUAAAAUUAAAUUAAAAGUGGUCCAGUAU